AUGAAGCUUUCUACCUCCAUGCUCAUCGUCCUCGCCGUCCAACUGUCUUGCUUGUAUCCCGGUCUGAGUGCUGCCUGGGGUCUGAAAUAUUGGUUUAGCUGCUUCGACCGGGCAGAUUCAUUGCCGCCUACUUCUCCUGCAAGACCUCAUGUGUACCCGCCGUCGAGACCCCACAGCAUACCAACUCACGCGUACGGUCAGCCUGGUGUACAUACAGGAGUCUCAUCUUCCUCUGUGCCCACCCCGCCUACCCAAUCCGCGGGGUAUCAUCCUUACGCCGGAUACGCGGGGUAUCCUCCUUCCCGUCCAGAUUCGCACCCGGUGCACACACAGCCACAGGCAGGAGCAGGAGCAGCACAUGCUCAGAAUCCAGCAGAUCGUUGGCGCCGACCCAAUCCCCAGGACCAGGUCUAUCCACCGCAACCACUUGAUUCCAAUCAAAAAUUCGGAAUUUACCCACUGCCAGCAUCAGACCCCAGAUACGGGGAUGGGAAGGCUCAAAGGGGAAGUAACGCAGAAUUGUCACUCGCAUCUCAUAGAUAUAUUUCGUCACAACGAAAGGACAUCUAA